AUGGCUAUGCCAAGGGCAAAAGCAGGCGCUGAUGGCGAGCGGGCUGUCCACCCGAACCAUCUGAUAUAUGCCAGAAUGGAGAAGGUGGUGCAGAAAAUGCUGGAUCCAGUUAACGGUGUUCCAGUGAAAACGGUCAAAGGAUUCCUGACAAAUAUUCCAUCAGUUUUUACGGGUCAAGACCUGAUCGCGUGGAUGAUGAAAAACUUAGAAGUUCUAGACCAGGCUGAAGCUUUGCAUCUUGCACACUUAAUCGCAGCUCAUGGUUAUAUUUUUCAAAUUGAUGACCAUGUGCUAACUGUCCGAAAUGAUGGCACUUUUUAUCGAUUUCAAACUCCGUAUUUUUGGCCUUCAAGAUGUUGGGAACCUGGAAACACAGAUUAUGCUGUUUAUCUUUGCAAACGUACGAUGCAAAGUAAGCCAAAUCUUGAGCUGGAAGAUUUUGAGGCAGAAAACCUUGCAAAACUGCAGAAGUUGUUCAGCAGAAAGUGGGAAUUUAUAUACAUGCAAGCAGAAGCGCAGUAUAAGGUUGACAAAAAACGAGACAGGCAAGAACGACAAAUUUUGGAUAGCCAGGAGAGGGCUUUUUGGGAUGUGCAUCGCCCUCCGCCCGGCUGUGUUAAUACGACAGAAGUUGAUUUCAGAAAGCUUUCACGCUCUGGCCGUCCAAAAUAUAGCGCUGGAGGUUUAUCUAUUGAAGUAAGUUCAUCACCUGGCUUAACGCAGGAAUCAAUUGGUAUACGGGAAUCGCAGUUGCCAUGCUCCUCGAAAUCGGCUGUGGCGAAAGAUGCAAAAAAAAGUUUAGAAGUUGAUCAGCAAGAAGAUUUGAAAAUAGCCUCACUUAAUUUUGAUAAAUUGAAUAUUAACAAUUAUGUUCAAAAACCAGGUUACCGUCGGUGUAGUCAUGUUCAAGACGCUCUAAAACAGGAGAUCUCUGCUCUUCAACUUCGUUUAUCUAAGACUGUGAUAAAAACCUCAAAAGUGGUUGAAAGUUUCCUGCAGUAUUAUGAGCAGAGACGUGUUUUCGAUCCAUUUUUGACUCCUCCGGGUUCCUUAGCUGACCCGUUCCAAAGUCCUCCGAAUCCUUGGAUAUCGGAUACUGUUGAUUUUUGGCAGCAUGAUAAAAUCACGGGAGAGGUAUCGGUUCGGCGUUUGAAGCUAUGGGCUGAAAGCUUUGAGGAGUUGCUCUCUGAUGAGGCGGGAAGAGAAAUACUAGAAAAAUUUCUGGACAAAGAAUAUUCUGGUGAAAACCUGAGGUUUUGGUGGAAGGUUCAAAAUUUGCGAAAGUGUUCACUUCGCAUGGUCCCAAUUCUUGUCACAGAAAUCUACAAUGAGUUCAUUGGCCAAAAUGCAACUGCUCCAAUAAAUAUUGAUUGUAAAAUAUUAGAAAAAACGGAAGAAAAUCUAAAAAAUCCGAAUCGCUGGUCUUUUGAUGAAGCAGCGGUAAUUUUUUUUUUUUGUUCAGAUUAG